AUGUGCAUAGCUACCCCUGCGGCAACCCACGGACAUUCUAGGAGAGACAGCAUCAACCUGAAGGAGACUGCAGGUGGCCGUCGUGCUCUGUUCACAGCCCAUUUGACGUACUCUGACUUUCAUUCAUUAUUGACAAGACAGAAGCAAAAGUACGUCCAGGGAGUUCUGAGGAUCAACAAGCGCAACCGGUCUGACGCCUAUGUUACGGUCGACACGCUUCCCGACGGCGACGUUUAUAUCUGUGGCAGCAAAGACAGAAACCGUGCACUCGAAGGUGAUGUUGUUGGAAUCGAGCUUUUCGACCCCGAGGAGUUGCCUCAGCAGAAGGGAGAUAACAACAGGGACAAGAAGAAGCCCAAGCGGGUCGAAGAUGCUGAGGAUGCAGAUGAAGUAGAUAUUGAAGAGUUAAAGCCCAAGUACUGCGGACGCAUUGUGUCAAUUGUCGAGCGUUCGUUGUCCCAGAUGUUUUCGGGCACGCUGACUUUGCAACGCCCUAGUGGCUCUGGCAAGAAGACUGAACGCAAGAAGCAGGACGAGGAUGAUCAAAAGGACCAACCGCGUAUAGUCUGGUUCAAGCCAACCGACAAACGCGUCCCGUUAAUCGCUAUUCCCAUCGACCAAGCCCCUGCGGACUUUGUGGAGAAUCAUUCAUCUUAUAUCCAGAAGCUGUUUGUGGCGACAAUCAAGCGCUGGCCUUUGAGCUCGCUUCAUCCCUUUGGACAGUUGGAGAGGGAACUGGGCGAUAUUGGAAACAUUGAAAUUGAGACGGAGGCGCUCCUGGCCAAUAAUAAUGUUAUAACAACUGCUUUCGGAGAAAAGGUCGAGAAAUGCCUUCCUGAGAUCCCUUGGGUUAUCCCGGAAAAGGAACUGAGCCGACGUCGCGACCUUCGCAAGGACUGCAUCUUUACGAUCGACCCGGCAACCGCCAAGGAUUUGGACGACGCAGUCUCAUGCACUCGCCUCGAUGACGGAACGUUGGAGAUUGGCGUUCAUAUCGCGGACGUGUCGCACUUCAUCAAGGUUGGGUCUGCUCUGGACAGGGAGGCGAAAGCCAGAGCGACAACGGUUUAUCUUAUCCAAAAGGCCAUUCCAAUGCUCCCAAAUGUUCUCUGUGAGGACCUUUGCAGUUUGACAGCCAAUGUCGACCGCCUAGCCUUUUCUGUUUUUUGGAAGAUGACGGAGGACGGCCAGAUCCUGGACACUUCAUUUUCAAAGUCGGUCAUCCGAUCCUGUGCCCAGCUGUCUUACGAUGAUGCUCAGAAGGUGAUCACUACGGGCUCGUUGGAUCCCAAGGUUGAGGUGUUUGGUCAAUCGCGCUCGUUGGUUGAAGGAAACAUUCAGAUCUUUUUUAAAUUGUCUCAAGUCCUUCGCCAAAAGAGAUUUGAGAACGGCGCGUUGUCGAUCAACUCAAUUAGGCUGUCUUUCGAAACGGAUGAAAACAACAACCCGCUGGAUGUCUCCGUGUAUGAGCUCAAGGAGAGCAACAGGCUGAUCGAGGAGUUUAUGUUGCUUGCUAAUAUGAGCGUCGCGAAGCAGAUCUGUGAGUCCUUCCCUGAGCAGGCUCUGUUGCGUCGUCAUGAGGAUCCGCUCGAGAAGAGGAUGAUGCACUUUAUCUCGCAUAUGAAGAAGAUCGGGUUGGAUUUGGAUGCAUCCAGCUCUGGAGCGCUGCAACGGUCUUUGGAUGCAAUUCAAGAUUCAGAUGUGCGCAAGGUGGUCCGUUUGCUAGUGAUCAAGCCCAUGCAACGAGCCAAGUAUAUCUGCAGCGGCAUGUUGAGUCCCGACAAGUACCAUCAUUAUGCCUUGAAUGCUCCCCUGUACACCCAUUUCACGUCCCCUAUCCGUCGAUAUGCGGAUGUUAUCGUGCAUCGCAUGCUUGAAGCGUCUCUUACAGGAGAUUCAAAAUUUUACUUGACAAAGGAGUCGUGUCAAAAAUGCGCAAAUCUCUGUAACAUCAAGAGGGACGCUGCGAAGCUGGCGCAGGAGCAGAGUAGCCAUGUAUACCUCAGCGUACUACUCAGGAAUAUGACAGAGUCCAAAGGAAUGGUGAUCAGGGAUGCAAUAGUCGUUCAAGUGCUGGACUCAGCCUUUGAUGUUCUUGUCCCAGAGUACGGCUUGGAAAAACGAGUGCAUGUGGACCAGUUGCCAGUGGAACGCCAUGCCUGGAACAAAUCCUCAGAGACACUAAAGCUGUACUGGAGCACGGAAGCCUUCAAGCCAAUUGUCGAGGAAGACCCUGUUUCGACCAAGGGAGACGACAAGGACCGUCGCCUGUCCACAUUGGUACCGGCCCAUGCAGGCAGCUCGGAUGCGAUGGACCAUCCAGAUGAUGCCACGAAUGCGUAUGAGGAUGAGCGUGGUCUGUUUGAAGACGAGAGUGAUUAUGACGAUGACAACGAAGGCCUUUCAGGAGAUGGCUCGAAUGGGGCGGAUGCAGAGGAAGAGGAGGAAGGGGACGAGGCCGAAGACGAGGCGCGACGACUGACGAGGAUUCGCAUCUUCAGCCAUGUAAAGGUGCUGAUCACUGCAGACACAACCGUUUCGCUGCCUGUGAUUAAGAUUGUUGCGGUGAACCCAUAUGCUGCACCAGAUGCAAAUGCACCUCAUUCGUCUUCCUAG